AUGUUGUCAAAGUUCCUUGAAUCAAUUGUCAGGCUGACUGUGAUUAUCCGAAAUGAGGCUAAUGAAGCUAUUGAAAGAUCAGAGAUUGAAUCGCCGAGAGAGGAUACCGAAAGUCAUAUUCUGAAGGAUUCGUUUCAACUGUUGGGCAUAAAAUCCACGGAGAAGAUCGGCAAGAUAACGGAUCUUCGCGCUGAAGUUCCCUAUGUUAUUCAAUGGAGGGCAGAAAAAGCUGCUGACAAUUUGCCAGCCUCUGAUAAUCAACACUGGCAUUUCAAGAUUUCGGAACAGUGUCUCUACACACGUCAACCGAAGGCGCUUUUUGAAAUUGAAACAUUAUAG